GAUGAGGAGGCUCGUUGCGCUGUCCCGACUCCCGACUUUGGUGGAUGUGCGUGCGUUACGAGCACGAGGCUACUAGCCACGUGUCUGGGCGCCUCAUAUUCCUCCUCGAGCGUCCAAACCUUUUGGACUGCGCCGGCUCCAGUACUCAUUUGAAACUUGAACGCCUUAUCCCGCCAUCACCUUUUCUGUCAAAUGCGUAUCAUCAUGUACUCGAAGAGCGAGUAAGGCCUUGAGCUGACGGUUCAGGACUGAGUCCCCCACGGCUUGCACACGGCCAACAUUGGUAGUUGAAGAAUUUGCGACAGAAGUUGCUGUGAAAUGAUGCUGCAGUCAGACAUCAAGCAGGCCGAUUCGCUUGAGCUUCCCUCUGCGUCUGCCUGCGCAGGGCUACUCCGCCUAUAGCUUCGCAGCCCGCUUCGUCUCUCCUGAACAUGCUCGUCAUACCGCACUCAUGUAGAGAAGAGCAGGCGAUUGCCCAUAAACAAUUUCACCGAUCCUUGCCGGCUUCGCGGCGCUAUUUGCAAUAUCCAGGUCCGUUGCGAGAGCUCUGUCCCUCUUGAACUUAGUUGUCUUGUGGUCUAAACCCAUCUCGGGGUCACUGAAUGAUGCGGCGGCAACGAGUUACACGACGCUGAUCACCCGCCCAUUCCCGGGGGCGGCCGAUGGAUGAUUGGGAAAGCCCUACAUACUCCCCACACAGAUUCUUUCGGCCAUAGGCCGCUGUACCCGGAAUCAUCGUCAGCGCGAGCUGAUGACGGUCACCCGCUCCCGCACGCGACCCGACGACUGACGGCAUCCCGCCCGCCCUCGCCGUUGCGGUCUCUCUCCCGCGAUCAUCACACUCUUUCUCGUCAUCUUCCUUCUUUUCGUCCCUCCCUUCCUUCUGUGACGCUGCCUGGCCGUCCCACCAGGUUAUGCUCCUCCUUCCGGCUGCAGUCCGGUCUCUACGACAUGCUUUUGCUGCAUUUGAUCCUGUCCCUACUCUUGCUUUGCACUUUUCCUUUCGCCCGUGCUGGAGUGGCGACGGCAGACGACACUGAUGCAGGCAUGUUCUACUCCGGCUUAUGGGUACCGGAUGGGGACCCCAACACCUUCGGGCACCACGAUACUUGGACGAAUCAAAGCGGGGCGAGCGUAUCCUUCGAUUUCAUCGGCACGCAGAUUCAGGUAUUCGCGACUCGCCGACCCGCAGGGACCUACCUCACCAACGUCUCAUUCUCCGUCGACGGCGGUGCGCCGACGCUAUGGUUGAGCGAGGAUUUCGUGCCGCAAAUUACGUACCAAAACCUCGUAUACACGUCGGGAGACCUCUCCCCCACGCAGCAUCAGCUCACCAUUACGAACCUCGGCGCCAUCUUUUGGCUGGACUUCGUACAGUACGAGACCGCGGAUUCUGCACCUGUCACCAGUAAUGCGCCAGGAACUACGACAUCUGCGCCGCGCUCGACUACGUCAGAAACGGCCGCGCCACCUUUUAGUACUUCUCAACACCUCUCCACAGUCUUCCAGACGCAGACAGCCUCGACCACAAGCUCCACGAGUCCUGAGACUAGCUCAUCGGGAACCGUCCCUGGCUCGAGCAUGACUACCGGUACGACAGUCCUGAGGCCCCCAACGGACUUGUCUGUUUCGACACCACAGACGUCGACAACUGGCGGCGCGCCCGUUCAAUCUCCGAGUCCUGGGUCCACUACGGACGGCAACACCGGCCUAUCUGCUGCUCCCGCCGCCACGGGGUCGUCUUCGAAGACGUCGAUCAUCGUCGGCGUCGUAGUUGGCGUUGUUGGUGUGAUCGCGUUGCUCCUUGCUGCAUUCUGGUGGCUUCGAAUGCGACGUAAGUCUCAAACAUCCGACAAGUCGGCUGCCAUGCCCUAUGAUACUGCCCAUACCCCAGAGGCGGCGCAAUUCUCGAAGGGCCAACUUCUGGCGAGCCCCGCCGUCCAGACGCCAGACUCGUGGUCAAGGAUGCCCCUCGUCUCAGAGCGCGGCCCCCCUUCCACAGACAGCUCGCUCUCGUCCCCAGGCUUCUCACACUACACUCAUAACGUAGAACCUCUAGACGCAGACGCAGCCGGAUUCCUGGAAAAGCUUCGCGCUGAUCAAGCCUCAUCCCCGAGAGGCAGUUCCGCCACUGACCGCCCGCUGCCGUACCUUCCUGGGCCGCAGAUGCGGCCAAUGCCUGGCAGGGCGGAUGGGGCCGCUCCCGUGUCGCUCGCGACCAGUGCCGGGUCUUCGUCAGGAGGCAACAUGUCCUUUUCAGGAGCGUUGUCUCCCCCACAGUCGCCUUGGGUACAACGGACGUUCAGGGAGGCGCGUGAUGGUGGGGUGCGGUUGGCAGGAGGGCCCAUUGCGGACCCGGACGCGAAUAUGUUCACGCCGGCUGGGUACGACACGGACGUGGUAGAGACGCUGCCGCCGUCGUAUGCGCAACUCCACGCAGCAGGUCUGGACGAGAGCUGAUGCAUGCAGAAGGUCUCUUAGCUGGACCUCUGCUGCUUUCUGCGGAGAGGCUGUAAUGACUCUACAUUCGUUCCAGGCUAAUUAUAAUUCACACUAUCUUAUUGUCGUAACCUAACGUGCGUUCGACUGUCGACUAUGGGCAAGCGACGUUUUGCUGUGGCAUGCGCUGAAAAUCUCAUCACACGUGUCAUUCAAUCUCCUC